AUGGCGUUUCUUAGAAUGUUCAUGAUUUCUGCUGCCAUCGUUCUUGUUAUGUUUCUCUUGAAUCAUCUUUCUUCAACUUUUGUUAGGGCAAACAAUGAACUAAUUCGUCAAUUUCAGGCUAAUAACUUACAAACAAAUAUUUCUGCAUUAGCCUCUAUAUAUAAAGAUGAUGUUGCUGCAAAUCGAACCAUUACACAGUGUCGAAAAUUGUUUUCUCAUGCAAAGUCAGAUCUCAAUACAGCUACUCAAGAUUUGAAGAAAGGUGAUUACGAUGCUUCAGAUAAAUCAGUAUUCAAUGCUUUAUUGUAUCAGAAUUCUUGCAAAACUCUAUUCGAAAAUAGCCCAAAGAUAAAAAUUACACCUCAUAUCUUUUAUGGGUUCAAUAUGUUUGAAAAACUCUCACAAAUAGCUUUGAGCAUUAUCGAUCGUCUUUGA